UUUUAAAAUAUUCACCUUAUCUUGCGUACCAAAUGGCUUUAUAUAUAACCCACCACUCCAUUUUCCCUUAGAACGGUUACUUUUAAUUUCCCAGCUUUCAAUGCUCCUUAACAAAUAAAAAAAAACCAGGAAAAAACCAACCCAAUACAAAAAACCAUACAAGGUAGCAGAAAUAUAAACCAAAAACAGAAAAAAAAAAAUUUGAAUUUCUAGAGAACCGAAGAUGGAUUUUCCUUCAUUCUUGACAUCUUUAGCAACUUCUUUUAUUAUAUUUGUGGUUUUAAUGUUGUUAUUUACAUGGCUUUCAAGAAAACCAGGUAACGCUGAGGUGUAUUAUCCAAACCGGAUCCUUAAAGGUAUGAACCCGGUUGAAGGCGGGUAUAUGGCCCGUAACCCGUUUGCUUGGAUCCGAGAAGCUAUGUCUUCAUCUGAAACUGAUAUUAUCAACAUGUCUGGUGUUGAUACUGCUGUCUACUUUGUUUUCCUUGGCACUGCCUUGGGAAUAUUUGCCUUCUCCGCCCUCGUACUGCUGCCUGUACUUUUACCAGUUGCUUCAACUGAUCAUAGUAUAAGGGCAGUCAACACCACCAGCAACGGGACUUUCACUCAACUUGAUAGGUUAUCUAUGGGGCAUGUUGGCAAAUCAGGUCCGCGGUUGUGGGCAUUUAUAGUUGCCACAUAUUGGGUUUCUAUUGUUGCUUACUUCUUUUUGUGGAGAGCUUACAAGCAUGUUACAGAAUUGAGAGCUAAAGCUCUUAUGUCUCCAGAAGUCCGAGCCGAUCAAUUUGCUAUUCUUGUCAGGGAUAUUCCUGCUGUCUCUGACGGUCAAAGUAAAAAAGAGCAGAUCGAUUCAUUCUUUAGACAAAUCUACCCUGAAACAUUUUAUCGAUCAAUGGUGGUGACGGACAAUAAGAAGGUGAACAAAAUUUACGAAGAGUUGGAAGGGUAUAAAAAGAAGCUUGAACGUGCUGAAGCCAUCUAUGCAGAGUCAAAGAAAACAAAUCCUGAUGCAAUAAGACCCUCACACAAAACUGGUUUAUUUGGUAUGAUCGGUGAAAAGGUGGAUUCAAUUGAAUUCUAUAAUGAUAAGAUUAAGGAGUUGAUCCAACUGUUAGAAGCUGAACAGAAGGCGACUCUCAAAGAGAAACAACAGUCUUCUGCGCUAGUUUUUUUCAACAGCAGGUUAGCUGCAGCUUCAGCAUCACAGAAUUUACACGCCCCGAUAGUUGACACGUGGACUGUUAUGGAUGCUCCAGAACCCCGGCAGUUGAUAUGGACUAAUCUUUCGAAAAAGUUUUACGAAAGAAUGAUUCGCCAGUAUGUUGUAUACACUGUUGUUUUCCUGACCAUAUUCUUUUACCUGAUUCCUAUUGGGUUCGUUUCUGCAUUGACAACUCUAGACAAUUUGAUGAAGAUCCUCCCGUUUUUGAAACCGGUUGUUAAGCAGAAGGCAAUCAAGACAGUGUUAGAAGCGUUUUUGCCUCAACUUGCACUGAUCUUAUUUUUGGCUUUGUUGCCAAAGUUUCUUCUGUUUCUCUCCAGAGCAGAAGGCAUCCCAUCGGAAAGCCAUGUGACGAGAGCUGCUUCUGGGAAAUAUUUUUAUUUCUCUGUGCUGAAUGUAUUUAUUGGUGUUACUCUCGGUGGAACUCUGUUCACUAACUUCAAGAAUGUCGAGAAUAAUCCCAACUCUAUUUUUCUUGUGUUGGCAGAAAGCCUUCCAAAGAAUGCAACAUUCUUCUUGACCUUUGUGGCUUUGAGGUUCUUUGUCGGCUACGGGCUGGAGCUGUCAAGAAUAGUUCCUCUUAUCAUAUUCCAUCUCAAGAAGAAGUAUAUGUGCAAAACUGAAGCUGAGAUAAAGGAGGCUUGGGCUCCUGGUGAUCUAAGCUAUGCAACUCGAUUUCCCGGUGAUAUGCUUAUUAUGACGAUUGUCUUAUGUUAUUCCGUCAUAGCUCCAAUAAUUAUUCCGUUUGGUGUGGUAUACUUCGGUCUAGGAUGGCUUCUUCUACGGAAUCAGGCACUCAAAGUGUAUGUUCCCUCAUUCGAGAGCUACGGAAGAAUGUGGCCCCAUAUUCACACGCGCAUGUUAGCUGCCUUGAUUUUGUAUCAAGUUACCAUGUGUGGCUACUUUGGAGUUAAAAUGUUCAAGCCUACUCCAGUUCUUUUUCCACUUCCAAUAUUCUCCCUCAUCUUCGCUUUAAUUUGUCAGAAGAGAUUCCGUCGGUUCUUUAUCUCUCCAGCCCUCGAGGUUGUUUCCCACGAGUUAAAGGAAGUUCCAAACUUGGAAAUUGCGUUCAGAUCGUUCAUUCCACCGUGCUUGAGUGCAGGCAAAUCCGAUGAGCAUCAGUUUGAGGACGCGUUAUCUCACGUGUCGAAAACAGGUUCUUCUUCGGUAUGAUAUGGACAUUUGCAAGGAUAUUACCAGUUUUAUUCUGUUGUAGAUUUGGGACUCUACUUUGGUUGGUCUGUGUUGAUAGUUUUUGUACCUAGGCUUUUAGAUAGUUGUACUGUGUGUUGAAUACUUUAUUUUAUAGUUGCUCUGUGUUCAUAGUUUGUGUGGGAUAUUUGUUUGUGAAACAAAUUUCUGUUUAGAAAGUCAGAUUGCUGUAUUUAUUCUGUAAUGAUAAUGGCAUGAAUUGCUUCAA